GGGUUGGGGAAGUGUUGUUUUAUUUUGGUGCGUACAGCUGAGGAGGAGGAGCACAGCUAUCGGGUGUGAAAAGGCGGCCGCCUGGGGAAGGACAGAGAUUCGGCAGAUGUGAAGCGAACUGGCCGCGAAAGACGCAAUGGGGACUGCAAGGGAGCAGGAGACCCUACCGAUCCCUCCUGCACUGUGCACCGGACUCUGUGUUUUCAAGACCGGGCUGCGCUAAUUCACUUCUUAGGUUUUGCGAGUGACGUGUAGUUUGCACGUCAACUUCUGUUAAAGGCAAAAGUUUUUUCUAAAACCACUAAUAUGAUGAAAUUUAUAUUUUACAGUUCAGGAAAGGGUCGAGGUUGUCUUUCUCGGCUGUUUUUGUUAUUUUAAACACGUGCAUUUUCAGACGCGCCGUUUCAGCUUGACUGCAGUACUUGACUUUUUAAAAGUUUUCUCGAUAAUCUUGUUUAUUGUCGGAGGGGUUUUGAAGUACCGCCGCAAACCCCUAGGUCCUCAUGCAUUUGUCUCAGUGGCAUUUCAUGCUGGAAAAGUGCGGAUCGGCUCCUUGAAACCGGACUGACGGCCGGGGGACAUGCAGAAGCGGGACGCCGUCGUGUCGCUGAGGGACGCCGAGCUUCAAAACCGGCUCACCGGCGGUGGGGGAGACGACGAGGCACCGAGGCAGAACGGCACCGGGAAGAAGCAUGCCGUCGCCGCGACCGAUCUCGACCCUAUGCACAAGUCACCGUGCAACCAGAGCAAGAUGCUGGUGGGCUUGGACAUCCUCUGUCUCUUCUUAGUGUCGAUCCCCUUCUUCGUCUGCGAGUUCAAGGUGGUGGUGGCAUACAAGAGGGGCUUCUUCUGCGGGGACACCAGCAUCAUGUACCCGUACAUGGAGAGCGAGUCCAUCCCUGACAGCGUGCUUAUUUCCGGCGGCAUCAUCAUCACGGGGCUCACGAUCGCCCUGGGCGAAUGCUACCGCGUGCGUUAUCGCGGCGUACAUUCGCGCGCCUUCGUACGCAACCUCUACAUCUCUACGCUGUACAAGGAGCUGGGCAGCUUCCUGUUCGGCUGCUGUGUGGGACAGUCGCUCACCAACAUGGCCAAACUGGGCGUGGGACGCCUGCGGCCGCACUUCCUGUCCGUUUGCAACGUCAGCUACGCCUCACUUGGCUGCUCGCCAGGAGAGUACGUCUCCGACUUCACCUGCAAGCGGAAGGACAAGAUGGUGGAGGAGGCCAGGAAGUCCUUCUUCUCAGGACACGCCUCCUUCGCCAUGUACACAUUGCUAUACCUGGCGUUCUACCUGCAGGCACGGUUCACAUGGCGGGGGGCGCGGCUGCUGCGGCCCAUGCUGCAGUUCCUCCUGGUGCUGCUGGCCGUCUACACAGGCCUGAGCCGGAUCUCUGACUACCGGCACCACCCCACCGAUGUGCUGACGGGCUUCCUGCAGGGGGCGCUCACUGCGUACUGGGUGGCGUUCUAUAUCUCGUCCAUGUUUAAGACGUCCCAUAUCUGCAUGAGCCCCACCAGCCUGUCCUCCAUAGAGAGCCCCCUCUCCAGCCAGCAGACGGACUGCUAGCUGUGCUGGGAGGGGGGGGGGUGUUCUUGGGCGAAUGGACUGAAAGAGCCACAGAACAAGACAAACAGUGACCCCAUCCAUCAAACUCAGACAGGAGUCUGCCUGUGACAGAGACAGAAGGGUCUGGAAAACGUGUCCUACUACUUUCUCUAAAGCACAUGUGUAACCCUGUCCUCAGGACAUUAGCCUGGGGUUAUUUACAAAUGCUAAUUACACAAAUGCCAAUCAUAUACUAGUUGUUUUGUUAUUGCUAGGGAGGUUUUAGCUGUUGCUGCUAAUCAUUAUCUUGGCUAAUAAUUGUUUGUGUUUGUAAUUAAUUAUGUGAAUGUCUGGGGAGGAGGGAGACUCCCCUUUUCAGUGUUUAGCCCAAUGCUGCAAGAAUUCAAACCACUACUCGGCACCUUUCAUUAGUAUGGGCGAUCACAUGACCUGCCGUUCUGGCUUCUCAUACCUUCACCUUCCUAAACAAGGUCACCAUUAGCAGCUUCACUGGUCCGUUUAUUUUUUAUUUUUUGGGAAGUUCUGCCAAAGAUUGGAUCUGGGGAGCUGGAUUAUGGAGGUGAGCGUGUUGGUGUACAUUCGCGUUCGUGCGUGUUCUCCCCGUGGCUGCGUGUGUGACCUCAGAGCCGGAGGCAUCAUUCUACCACUUUGAACGCAUCAGACACCUAAAACAAACCUUUUUGCCUUGGAAUACUACUGUACGUUUUUCGAUGAGUCGGAUCCUAACAGAAUCUCUUCUGAGGUGCGUGAAGAACUGUUACUGUACCUGAACGGACCACUUGCGUCUCUCUGCGGAGAAACGACGACUGAAAAUAACUGCUUACUCAGUUUAGUGCUCGUUAUCUUACCAGCCAUGUAUCCAAAUAGAUAGCACUUAAAAGACCUAACCAGACAAUUUAAUGUCAUUGUCAUAUAUUAUUUUUAUCAAGCUGUAAUUUAAAUAUAUUUGUUAUGUCGUUGUCUUUGAUUUGUCAGUCGAUUGAAAAUAAAUGUAUAUAAACAGUUGUUAAUUGAUAUGACUUAAGCAAGUAUUAAAACUAUUAUAGUUACUUUUGUAUAUUUUCUCUGGUUUUAAUCAGGUACACAGUGUUCUGUUGUAGUUUUAGCUACUAACUGAGCCAGUAAAGUAUAAAUAUAAAAGGUAUAUUUGUUCCACAGUUUUGUGUUUUGUUUUGUGCUCUCUGUGAGCGGAAUAACCACUGUACACAAGCCAAAUAAAUGAAUGUUGAAUCGAU